AUGACAAACACAUCCAUUAACAAGAAAGUUGUGGCUUGGAUGAUUGAGGAAGUUAUGCGUCAAUUUUACAACCAACUAGUCGUUAUUAUAGAAGUAAUCAUUAGGCUGAAAUCCUAUAAGAGAAAACGUGGCUGCGAGUCUCAGCCUUACAGCUAUAUAGCUCAGAUUCCCGAUCAAGUAAAGCACUUAAACCGAUUAACUAAUGUUAGUGAUGUAGAUUGUAUACUCAAUCUAAGGAUGGACCGCAACACAUUCGGUCGAAAGCAACUAGGUUCUUUGGAUGACGGUAGAUAUGUAAGUCUUGAAGAACAAGUGGCGAUGUUCUUGUCAAUCUUGGCACAUCACAAGAAGAAUAGGAUUGUCUAUUUUGAUUUUUGGAGAUCAGGGCAAACAAUAUCACAUUACGUGCAUAUUGUCUUGAAAACCAUUUUGAAGAUCCAUGUACUUCUACUGGUGAAACCACAACCCGUUCCCGAAGAAUGGAACUAUUAUUUGGUAGAUUGUGGAUAUGCAAAUAGUGAAGGUUUUCUAGCACCGUAUAAGGGAGUCUGUUACCAUUUGAAGGAGUGGGGGCCUAUUAAUGCAAGGCCACAAAAUGCUGAGGAGUUGUUUAAUCUACGACAUGCUAAAGCUCGGAAUGUUAUUGAACGUGCAUUUGGGAUCCUAAAGAUGCGAUGGGCUGCAUUGAGAAGUACAACGUAUUAUCCGAUCAAAGUUCAAGUUAGGCUAAUCAUGGCGUGUGUUCUUCUUAAAAACUUCAUUCGUUCCAACAUGGCAAUCGAUCCGAUCGAGCAGCAAUACGAUCUUCUCCUCCAAGACCUCGAGAACACCAAUGACGAGCAAGAGUAUUUCGUUGACACAAUUGGCUCAUCUCAAUGGUGGAACGCGGACAGGGAUGCCCUCGCUCAAACAAUGUGGCAGCAAUAUUUACAUGCUAUGAAUUAA